UAAAAAGUGGCAAAAACUUUUAAAAAUUAAAAAAGUCACAAAAUACCAAAACGUUUGCAGCGAUCAUUUUGCAUUAAAUGAUUUUAUACCUUCAUCGAAAGACGACAGUGUUAAAGUACGAAGAUUAAAAAAACGGCAUUUCCUUCAAAAAAUUUACCAUCAAAUACUAACAUCAAUUCUAACAAAAAAACUUCUUUAUUAUCCGUCCAAAAAAGAUGCCAAAAAUUCAAUUCAGAAGAAAGUUACUCUACUUCCUCGACAGUUAUCUCGACUACGACCUUAACUACUACCUUAACUAUUACUUCGACUACUACCUCCACUGUUACCUCAACUAUUACCUCGACUACUACCUCAAGCAGUUCCAAUACCACUUCAAAUCUGGAAACAAAUUUUAAUCAUUUAAAUAAUUUCUCAAUACCGCCUUUAUCUACUGACAAAAUUGAAAAAAUGGAGAUUGAUUGUUUUAUUGAUAUUAAUGAAAAAAGUGACAAAAGCACCCAAACGGAUUUUGGUUUUGAAAACUUUUUAGUAAACAAUGAUGAAAAAUUAAAAGCGUUUACAGGUAUCAGUAUUCCCAUUUUAAGAGCUGUUGUUGAAAGUGCUGAAGAAGUAGCUAAUUUUAAUAACAAAAAAGUGAAAGAUUUAAUGUUAAAAGUGAUUAUUGUACUUGUAAAAAUUCGACUAAAUUUACCAUAUACGUGCCUGGCUAUCCUUUUUAAUUUAUCUACGUCAUCUGUAAGCAGAUACUUUUACUCGAUUUUGUCACUGUUGUCAGUAUCAAUGAAGCCUCUAAUAUACUGGCCUACAAAGGAAGAGAUAAUAGCAAAUCUGCCAAAAUGUUUUGAGAAAUAUAGUAAUACAAGAGCAGUUAUAGAUUGUACUGAAAUAAAAGUAGACCGAUGCAAGUGCUUAAAAUGCAGAAUACUAACGUAUUCUCAUUAUAAAAGCACCCAUACAUUAAAAUAUCUGAUAGCAAUAACACCUUCUGGGCUAAUUUCAUUUGUGAGUUCUGGAUACGGUGGACGUACUAGUGAUAAGGCAAUCUUUAAUAAAGAAAAACUAAUAGAUAAGUUUGAUCCCCAUGACGGAAUUAUGGUUGAUAAAGGCGUGCUUAUUGAAAAAGAAUGUGAAGAAAAUUUUUUAAAAUUAAUAAGACCACCUUUUUUAAGAAAAAAAAGCCAAUUUUCAAAAUUAGAUGCGGAAAAAACUGCUGAUAUUGCAAGGGCUCGAGUACAUGUUGAGAGAUCAAUAGAAAGAAUGAAAAUGUUCCAUAUUUUACAAUAUCAACUUUCUUGGUAUUUGGUACCCUACACAGACGACAUAGUUAAAGAAGUUGCAUGUCUCGUAAACUUAUCUCCCCCAAUAAUGGCUGAUGACAAAUUUGUAGUAAUUGAACAUUUUUCUGAAGAUUAUUAAAAACUUUUCUAAUU